UACAUUUUGCUCUAGUUAGUUUGGGGGGAAUUCGUAUAAAAAAGGUACUUUUGGGGGCAACUGGUACAUGCCCUCCAUUAUCAAUCAUGGCAUAGAUCUAUUUUAUCAUGGUUAAUAAUUUAACUAAUAUAAUAUUAAUAUAAUUUUAUAUUUUUAUUUUUAUAAGGGAGGGAGGUAAUAUAAUAAUUUUAUACAUGGUUCCACUGAAUUUUUUUUCCUAAGAUGAUCCCCAUUCGCGAAUUUCUUAAACAUUGCUAUUAUAAUUUUUUUAUACUUUAUUGGUCUUCAAAUUUUAGGUAUCGUAAUUAUUUUAAUGUAUUAGGUACUCGCUGUAACCUUGACAACAAUUUGUUUUAAUGUAGGUAUUACAUAUUUAAAAGCAUAUAACAUAAUAAUAGAAUAUUAUCGUACCUAGGUGAGUUCAAAUUACAAAAUGGAAGUUGACUCAGAAGAGGUAAAAAGACACUUGGGCAUCUUGGGGUACACGCAAAUAGAACCCAGUCUGCUAAAUGAGUUCGUAAAAGAUUUGAAAAAGCUUAUUGAAUACGACCGAAGACACAACAACAUCAGUGCACUAUCUAUGUCGCUUUACAAAGACUGGGAUAAAAGUUACUCCGAGAGGAUGAAAAAUAGUACCCCAAUUAAAAACCCCAUCCAUCAUAAUCGUACUGCGAACGGAGAUGAACACGAAGAUGAAGUCAACCUAAUAAAUAAAUAUAAAAGCCAAAAUGGUGUCUCACGGACAUCUUCAAAAAUGAUGGACAUGCAUAUUAAAACUCCCAUGAAUAAGAGUUCUAAAUAUGAAUCAGAAUUUAUGCAAUCAAAAUGCUAUUUUUGCGGAAGUAUACCAAUGGAAAAUCAACCAAGAUUGAAGGCGAAACACAGUUUGAAACCACUGCAUGCUUUACACCUCAGUGUAACAUUUAGUAUUGAACUUUAACUACAAAAUGAGGCAAUUAAGUAGUCAUUAAUUAUUAAUAAGUCGAUACAAGACUUGCAGUAGAUAACACUAAAAACAUGGAAAUUAAGUAAAUUCAACACUUAUGUUUUAUACCAAAUUUUGUAAGAUAUAUCAAUUUAUAAAAUACAAAUCAGAAUAUAUAACACUUUCAAUAGCGUUAAAUGUAAUCUCUAAUUUAAUAAGUAAAUAGUUAAAACUUAUAACCAAUAUAAUAACUAAUAUAAUUAACUCUAUUCAGAAUAAGAAAGGUACAGGGCUAUCGAAUUGUGCACAAGGGCGUGGUUUUGUACCGAAUAACGAACCCAGUAGAUGACUUGGUGGGAGAAGCAUCUGACCGCCACCAGACAAAAACCGGUUGCCGCCCAGUACCUUUCUUAUUCUGAAUAAAGUAUGGUAAUAUGACACGCUAAUUAGUAGUGCAAUACUUUUUAACUGUAAGGAUGGAAAAAAUAAUUAGAUGUAUAGCAAUAGCUAAAUUAAUUUAAUUAAUACACAAUUUG